AUGGGUUCGCGUCGUUUCUGGGUUUCUGCCUUCUUGCUCGGCUUGCUGAUCAGCUCCGUGGGUUUUCUUGUUGCAGCGCUCUCUGACGGCGACAAUCCUGCGCUCAAGAACGGCAUCCAGUUCAACGUCACCAACGCCGACAGUUCACCACGCAAACUCAGUGAUCGAGCAACCAACGGUAUCUACAUCUGCCAAUAUCCGCACUGGGGAGGGACUUGUUUCUGGACACCGGUUGACCCAUCAUCCUACAACCAAUGCGCCAUAAUCACGUCCCACGGUGGCUGGGCCUCCCUGGGACCUGAUGAGGGCGUUAAGGUCGAUCUGUAUCGGUACGUUUUGAACCCUUAA